AUGGGUCGCUUCAGUCAGAUCUCGGUCUCAUCGGAGCCCUCACUGCAGAUCGUGAAAAGCCACUUUAAGCAGAUCAGUGGCAGUCAGUGGGUGAUGUUGGCCAGAGGCAUGUGUGACUUGGAGACCGUGCGUAUUCUGACCAGCAUGUUUAUCUCGCUGGUCCAAAAGCUGUCCGCCAACGUCUUGGGUCUGAUCGCUCCGAGACGCGAGGUGAACAACAGGAUCCUGAAUAGGAGAAAGUCGACCCGGGCUCACGGGACCAUCAUCACUGUGCUUCAGAACACCAUGGGGCAAGUGUUCUCUCAGGCUCUGAAUCUGCCCACGGACUCGUUGGACAAACACCAGGACUCGCAGGAGCUCACCUCCCUGAUCGAGCAGGAGGUGUCCAUGAAGGUGAACCGUGUCCUUUCUGAGGAGCAGGAGGAGGGCCCUGUGGUAGUGGACGCCCUCAUCAGCAGCAAGAGUGUGGCUCGCAGCAUGAUCGACAAGGGAAAAUCCUGCCUCAUGAGGUUCCUUCGCACCUUGUUCUGCUCCUGCGGCCACCGCGCUGCCACAAACGAGUCAGAAUCUUCAAAAAGUGUGUCGUGCCGCUGCAGCUUCCUCAGAUUUGCCAAAAAGAAUUUACGAAACAUGCAGGAAAAUCUGGAGAAAGAACUUCUGGUUGAAGAGUUAGAGCCAGAGACGAGGAGUUUGUCGAGGGAGUCGAGCUGUGGGAAAACUCCUGGACAUGCUUUGAGGACUCUAGAGGUUAGUUUUGAGCAGUUUCAACCGGAAGUAGAGGAGCUGUUUCAACAGUUAGAUCUAUCGACAAGUCCUGACGCAAAAACAAGUCAAGAAAGACUGGCCCAGGUUUUGGAUACGGAGCAAACCACUGCCUUUGCACAGAAACUGAUAGACAUAAUGUACUGUCACUUUCAGAUCCUAAACAGACUUGCUCUUGCUGCGUCACCGAAUGCGGAGAUAAGGACUGAGUUCCAGAACCAAGACCCCGAGCAGACAAACACACGGAAAACAGGGGUAAAGGGUAAGCUCAGACACCAUGACCUGAAGCGGACAUACGCCACGGUGAGGAACGAGGUAUUGGAUUACCUUCAAACCUUACAGCAUUACAUCGCGCAAGACCCAUUGGAGAACUUCUACCUCCAGGAUCUGUUUGAGUUGUGCAUCGAGAAGCCGCCUCUGUCGCCCAACUCCCAGCAGGCCCUGACGUAUAAUGUGUCCAUUCCUUCUCAAGGGUCGGUCCCCGUCCAGGUGGACUUUCAACAACUGUCAGAGCAGUCUUUCAACAGCCAGAAACACGACAUAUUUGAGAGGUCUAUGGCGCACCCCAGAGCCUGUGUGCCAUCGCAGACCUCUAGAGACGUUCCGGAAAUUGUCACUCUCACACCAGAGGUCAGCACCAGGAGAAUCUCAGGCAACUCUGAGAACUCUUUGAGGAUUCAGAAGAACGGCCUGUUAGAGAGGUCCAUGGUGCCUCCCAAAGUAGAGCGGCCUUCUUUCAUCUCUGAGGACGUCCAGGCGGUUGUCCUGAAAACCCCAGAGGGCAUGAGAAGAAUCAGCGACAGGGAUUUGUCCGAGGACCAGUCCAUGACUCGAGGCCUGAUAGAGGUUUUGAUGAUUGAGAUGUUCAGAGCUACUUUGCGUCCGUGGGAAAAAAAUUACAAAGUCAUCCGCGACCGUUUGACUGAAAUGGUCUGGGAAGAAAUCCAGCUUUGUGAACACCAGACAAAGAAAACGAAGAAGGGAAUGAAUAAAAUCAUUGACGCGAUUGUUAAAGACCUCAUAUCACAUUACGGCACGGAACUGGGAAUGUUGGAAAGUGCUUUGGACAAUAUAGACGGGAGUUUUGACAAGACGGUUCUGAAGUCCCUGCAGUACCACAUCGAGCACAACCUGCGGAAGACGUCUUUUCUGUGCCGCAUGUUCAGAUUCCUCUGUAAGCCCUUCGAAUGCUGCUGCUGUUGCUUCUGCUGCUGCCGCACCAUCGACGACUAA